AAUUGCAUUUCCAAGGCUCCCUCCGGCUGCAUUCCCUUCUUCAAUCCCGUCUUCACCGGAGGCAUGCUCCAGAACUGCGAGUGUGGAUUUUCCCUGCCACGCGUCGCUCGCCUGGUGGCAGUGGAUGCUAGUAGGCUUUGCGAUCUUCUUUGCGUGUGCGAUGGUGGGCGCUUGCAUCAUGUACGGCACCAAGGGAGCUGAGUAGACAUGUCAGCUUGGAGCAAAAUACACAUGGCUAAGACGCCUUCUAACGUAAUCGGUAUAAUUUUUUUUUAGUGUUUAUGGAAGUAGUGAUCAAAUCAUCAACUUCUGCAGUGAGACCAUAGCAAACCUCUUUUGCUGAAUUGUGUGCUUUAUAAGUUUUCAUUGGUGCUAAUCCACCGUGUUGCAUGUCACAAUUCCAACAGGUUUCACAGUAGGGUGGGCUCUGCCCUCUCUCGCGAGCCCGAGACGCAUAGGCUGUUCCCUCCCUAGUAGCGUUUCGCCGCGUCAAGCCCCACGCCUUUGCGCCUUGCGCGCUAGCGAGCCCUCCAUGGACGUCCUUAUUAGUGCCCGCGGAUCAUGCUCCAACACAACAAGCUCGAAUCACACUGGAGUUUCCUGAGUUCGUCCCACAUCGCAUCCGAAACCCUAGAAAGUCCUUCCUUUCAGCGACGAAAACCGUAUCUCCCGAAAAAUACGCGAAGCCCUCCAUCGAUCUCGGGCCAUGGCGUUUCCUAGCUCCUUAACCUUAACCCUCCUCGCGGCGCUCUGCCUGGUCCACGCGUCUCUGGCGGCGAAUCUGCCGCCCGGCGGGUGCCACACGCGAUACGUGUGUCCGUACAUCGACGACCUGGCGACGGCGACCAUCGACGACACCACGUACACGAGCUACCCGUUCCUCGGCGACUUCCAGGGCGUGUUCAACGACCAGUACGGCGCGUUCGUGCCGUUCCAGCGCGGGUCGGGCCCCGUGAACUACGAGCGGUACACGGAGGUGGGCACCAUCUUCGACGUCGUCAAGGGCGGUCUACGGCGACACGCCUGCAGGAGUGCUGCCGCGCCUGCGCGCGCUCCACCUACUGCUAACCAGUGGCACUGGUUCAAAAACUCGCGGCUGGCGGGCGAGAAUGCGAACGUGGCGGGGUUCAUCGACCGCGUGCAGUGCUACCUGCUGGAGAGGAUUGGCGGGUCGGGCAUGUCGGGCGACUACCAGACGCCGUACGCGGGGGAUGCGACGGAGCAGACGGCCAACGCGGCGACCAUCCCGCUGAGCUUCCUGGGCGGGCUGUGCAACGGCACGGCGCUGGUGGAGAACGACCCGCAUCUCACGGGCGCGCACGGCACGCGCUACGACUUCACGGGCCGCCUCGACAAGUCGUUCUGCCUCUUCUCCGACCGCCGCUUCCACGUCAACAUGCUCCUCAACGGCUACCAGGGCGCGCCGCCCGCCCUCGCCACGUCCGCCGCGUCGGCAGGGACCAACUCCGCGGGUAAGGAGUCGUCGACGGAGCUGCACACGUGGAUCAAGGAGGUGGGCGUGGUGUGGGUGGGCGCGGACGGCGCGAACCACACGCUGCGCAUGGUGGCGCGCAAGGGCAAGCAGCAGGAACGCGGCGCCGACGGGUUCGUGGCGCUGCUGGAGGUGGACGGGGCGGCGACGCGCGUGCCUGGCGUGGGCGAGACGGUGGCGACGGAGAGCGGGGUGGCGGUUACCAAAGUGGCGGAGGCGAAGGAGGGGCCGUUCGACGUGGACCAGUUCCAGGUGCGCGUGGCGGGGCUGGGGGAGCUGGACGUGCGCGCGCGCGUGGCGCACCCGCUGCUGCAGACGGCGGAGGAGGCGGAGGCGCACUUCAACGUGGAGCUGUCGGACGUGGCGAUGACGUCAGCCGUGCACGGCGUGCUGGGGCAGACGUUCCGCAGCACCCCGAGCAGCUGCAGCGCGCCGUGAAGUACUCACACCUGGCAGCACUGUUGCACCGCCCCGUCGACGUCGACAAGGCGGACGGCAGCGGCUUCCUGGAUGGCCGUGUGGAGGACUACAUCUCCUCCUCCGUCGUCGCGCCCGACUGCAAGUACGCCAGCUACGGCACCACCGAGUAACGCAAGAGGUGUGGUGCAUGCCGGCUGCCGUGGUGGUCCCGAUCAAAAGCAGUGAAGCGAAAUGUGUGAUGCCGGGGUGCCCAUCUGAAAGCCUGAUUUGGUGUCAGGCGAAUAAGGGCAGCUUGAGCAUUGUUGAGGUUUAUUAGUGGGCUCAUGUACUGUUGCAUGUUCUGUGUGUGUACCCCUUCCAAAUUAUUACACUCAUCGUGGCUUUGCCACAC